UAUAAAAGGCAGCAGCGUGAUUUCAUCCACUUCAAAUAAUCAACUGAGCCUCAGUAACUUCAAGUUCUCUGAUAAGCUCUGACGCCAAGAUGAGGAAAUUUCUUUUGGGGCUUUUUCUUGGACUUCUUGCUGUUGUCCAUUCAACACCUGUUACUACUGUGACCAAGGUCCCCGUCAGCAACGAGGAUGAGGUUUUCCGGGAGGCCAUGACGGACGGCUUCCUCGUCCCGUCACUCUCAACGGAAACACCCAAAACACAAUCGACCAUUGAAGCAUCUCAACAGACUGAGUCCACCUCAAGUGCAGAUGAUGUCUCCAGAGACUUUUUACUCACAACUGAAGCGCCCAAAACAAAUGCAACCGUUCCGGCGUCUCAGCAGCCAGAUUCCGAAGAGCUCAAAGGAAGCGCAGUAGUGGCCGACAACUUCUGGCAUGGAGGCUACACGACAAUGACCUCCAUGCAGGAAGCCUCCAGUGCAACCAAGUCCACGACCAGCAAGUUCGAUCCCACCAAAAUACAGGCCAAAACCAUAACCGUCAAAGCCUCUCGGCAGCUGUUCUCCGAUUAUACGUCGGAAGGCAGUGCAUCGGGAGGGGGCGAAGACAUGUCCACGACCGUCUCCUCGCUUGGAACCUCCACAACCUCCACCAGCACAGGUUCACUGAGUCCUGAUUCUGGGUCCGGAGAUGCCCAAUCUAUCCUCCCCAGCACAGGCUCAGACUUGGGCUCAGGAAUAAAUAAGGAGGAAAUAAAUGUGAAGGCUGAAGGUCGACUGUACAAUCUGAUCUUUCAUGGUAAAGAAAAACCAGAAAAGGUCGUGGAAAAACAAGACCCAGAACAGCACAAAGGACACAGUACACCAGGUUGGAUCAUUAUCGUCGGCUUCAUCGUCGGUGUUGCGGCACUCGUGGUGCUCUGCCUCGCCAUCGCUACCAGAGACAAGUGGAAUGGACCUCGCCAGGCAUCCACAACCAAGACUGAAAGCAACCCCUUGAACCAGCAGAAGGGGCUGGAGAUGGAGACUUUCCUGCCCGGGGAGGAGCCCAGGGAGAACGGAAAGGCAGCGGAAUACACAGUCAUCCCCCUGGACGAGCUCUCAGAGAGUUAUUCAUAACGGCCAGGUUCAGAAACAGACUCUCCGGAGGCUCGACACCCACCACACAAACCCAAGACUGUAUUUGAAGCAGAUGAAUUAGUUCAGAGGAACCGAGCUGUUCAAAAAGCAGCUCUAAGUCUCAUAUGAAUGAUGGUCUGUUGCUUUUUUUUUUUUUUUUUUUUCCAGUAAUGACUUUUAAAAGCUUUUACCUUUACUUUAAAGCUGCGGCAAUAUUUUGUAUAUUUAUUGAGACGCGUCAAUCUCAUGUAAAAUAUAGAAAACUAGUCAGACAGUGUGAAUGUCAUUUAUUUCAAAAACGCAGCUGAAAAGUCUUUACAGUGUUGUUUUUAUCUUCCUCUUGACUUUCCGUCGUAAGUAAUUAUUGUGAUUUUUGAUCAGAAAAGUUAUAUUUUUAUUGUGUUUGUAAUAAUGUUAUUGAAAACUGUUGUGGAUUGUAACUUAUAUUAAGAUGCUCUGUUGUUUUCUCUGUGUUCAUCAUGGAAACUGUGCUAAACUCAAUACUUCCACCUGACAGCACUUUACCGGCUGUAACUUGCACUUACUGUUCAUUUAUUCACUGUAUCGCAUCCUCCUUUAAAUGAGAAACAAACACAACAGCAGUUCAUCAAUAAACAUUUAUUUGUUUCCAUUAACAUUAACAGACAAGUAUUAAAACCUUUACACACUUUCA